GCUGCUGUUUUAUGGGGAAGGUUGAACUGGUUCUUAAUACAAUUGUUACUAGUUUGAUCAACACAUUCCUGUCAUUGUAAAGAGAAAAAGGAUUGCCCAGAAAAGUAGUUUUCCAGUACAACUUGUCUGGCAAGCUUCACACCUACAUCAAAACCAAUGUUGUUCUCCUCAGUACUCUCGUGACUAUUAUGUUACUGAACCUUACCUGACCAUUGUCUCUAUAUUCAAACAGAAACAUGAAAGUACAAUUACUCGUAUUGUAAAUUGGGACGAUUGCUGUCAAUGGAUGGAGAAGGAGGACCAGGAAACUGAAAUGAGUGGGCUGAGCAGAUGGUCGUGGUCCCAGGCCGUGACAGCAGCUCAAGCCCAGAUCCCCUCUUGGCUGCGCGUUCAGUCAGCUCAUCUUCCCAGGAAAAACCUCUUGAGAGUUGUAGCAGUUGCUGUAGUGUGGUCUGUUUGCCAGGCGGAGGCGCAAGAGUACCUUUCCAUCAGUGGACUUCUAUGUCUCUGCUUAGUGUGGAUGCUGCUGGCAGUAGGUGCUCAUGCGCUCCAAAAACACCUGCAAAACGGGCAUAUCGAGGUCUUUAAAGAAGAGCAUCCUCAACAAACACAUGUCGAAGUGUGUCAUUUCUCUCCACGACCUGUGCAGUGGAGCAGACCUGGGCCUCUUGCUCUGGUCCUGGCUGACAGUCUGCUUCUAUGUGUGCUACAGGAGCCACUAGAAGGCCCCUCUGUGGCCCAUAUUCAGGCUCUCCUCAGCAGUCUGCAGUUAGUUUCUCAAACUCUUGAGGAGGCUGACACUCACCCAGAAGAAGCAAUAGAGGAUGUUGAUGCGACUCUCACAGACAAAGUGGGGCUUAUCUACAGCUAUCUCCAGCAGAGGGUGCUGUUGCUGAGUGAGCUGGUGGAGGCUCAGUCCAGCCUGGAGGCCAGUGUCACUGACAUGCAGCAGGGUCUGAACAGACUCUGGGCUCAGUUGGAGGAGAUGCACACUGGAGUUACAAUCUCCAAGAAGAGAGAGCGGGAAUGCAGAGAGCUGCCCUCUGCCCAGGCUGAUGUCAAGAUUAUGCUGACGGAGGUGGAUGAGUACAGGAACAAACUCCAGAGCUGCCAGUCUCAUCUAAAAGACACCAUUCGAGUGUUGCAGGAGCUGACAUGGAGCCACACUAAUGUGAGCCACACUGUGAAUAGCAGUAUUGAGUCAGUGUGGCCAGAGAAGCUGCUUCAGUCAAACAUUGAACAGUUUGACAAGUUGCAGGAGGAUUUUCUGUCAGUGGAGCAGCAGGCCCUGACCUUCCAGGCUCAUCUGGAGGGGUUGGGCAGAGACAGUGAGGAGAGUGAGAUGUCUCUGUCCACAGCGUCUCUGCCGGACUGUCCUCAGGUACAAAGUGAGCAUUUGAGUGACACAUCCUCUAUAUCCAUGUCCCCCGCAGAUGUGGAUGAGGACAAUGAGGACACUCCACAGUCUCUAUGUGAGCGCACAGCUUUGCCCUUCACCACCACCAUUGGACGACUGCGCUUAUCACGGAGGAGGAAGUAAAUAUUGAUUUGGACAAUAUUUAAAGCUUCUCUACUUUUCACAUAUUGUAGACUGUAUGGUGCUACCUUUUUUAUUUCUUGGACCCCCUGAAUACUUUUAAAAGACAUAGUUUACAUUUCAUGAACACAAGGGGGCGCCCCUUACCAUAAUAUUAACAAUGACGAUGAAGGAUUUACUUAAGAAAUUAUUUUGGUGUGGUCCAAUUCCAAUUAUACAGCUUUAAUGUGUUUGAGUAUUUUUAUGUAAAUAGUUGCUUUACUAUAGCUGGAGAUAUAUUUUAUUUUCUAUUAUUUAUUUAUUGUUGUUAAAAAUGUUAUUUGAAACACUACAUAUAAAUACAAAUUCACAUUUGCUUUUCUGUGAAUAAAGGAAUG